AUGGGAAACAUUCAGCUGCAGUAUAGUGGUGAAAUGAUAUAUACACCAUCCCCUAUUUAUUGUGGAGGAGAAUAUGGGUUUUUUGAUAAUGUUGAUUUGGAAAACCUAUACUUUGAAGACCUGGUUAUGAUGGCAAACAGGAUAGGAUUGGCGAAAAAAGUCAAGUUCUUUUAUAUAAGUGAAGAAAAUGAGGUGAAGGGUUUAUUGGAUGAUUUUGAACUCACGGAAGUGUGUAGAGAGGCACUUGCAGAAGAUAGAAGGAUGGAGUUGUACGCUUUAGAAAUUCAGGUUGAAGAGGAACAUGGUACCGAGGGCGAUGAAGGUAAUGACUUGAACGAUGAUGGUCAUAUAAGCCACACUGAGGAUAACGAUGAUGAAGAUAAUGAUGCUGAUGUUGAUGAGAGUGAUGAAGAUAACAAAGAUUGGAGUGAUAAGGAUUCUGAAUACAAUUCAGAGUAUGAUGAUCAAGAUUAUGAAGAGAAUGUUGAUGAAAGUGAAGUAACCUGGAGUGGUGAAAAUGGUUAUAGUGAAGGUCCUGCAAGUGUGGUACAAUCUACAAUCAAGAAAACACUUGUUGCAAAGUACCAAAAAUCAGCAGCAUGGUCCAAGGAUAUAUGCGACACAAAGGGCCACAAUGUCAGGUCAUGCAAAGCGAAGCCUAAAGGUGAUCUGCAUGCUGCUUCUAAAAAUGGUGCAGGGGAGAAUUUGUCAACAGAAAUGCAUGUUAGUGAUGGACUCCACUGUACUGAGGUCCAUUUGGAUGCGCAUGUGAGUUCAAGGGAGGGUUGUCUAGAUAGCCUUGCAGAUGUUCAUGUUGAGGUGUGUGAGGACAUUGGCUUAGAAAAAGAAACUGAGGUUGGAUUUAAUAAGCACGUAGCUGAUAUAUUGCGUGACAACAUUGAGCAACUUAAACCAGAGUAUUCUGAUGAGCAGCAUAGACCGAUGAUACAUAUGAGAUGUAAUCCACCAAAGAGAUCUAACAAGGCUACAAGAGAAAAAGUCCCGGUAUUUGUAAUUCAAAGGGAAACAGGUAACCUACCUGGACAGAGUGAUGUUGAGAAAAAUCCUCCACUGAAAACAAAAAAGAGAAAAUUCAAGGCUGCUAGUUCAUCUCAACCUGAAAAAAAGGUUUGCAAAUCUGAAAAAGGACGAAUUCAACGGACAUCAAGUUCACAACCUCCCUUCAAACUAGUUGAUGAGAAUAUUGAUAAAGACCCAACCACAAACAACAUUCACAGUAAAUCGAGUUUUGUGGAAGCUUUUGGACAUGUGGCUGCACCUUCUUCAACCCCUAAACCACCAGAAAGUGUCAAUGAUAAGAAGAUUGUUGCGGAUGCAUUGGCCACAUUUGAGCAACUAAUGUCAACAAUGGAUAAUUUAAUGCCUGAUGUUCUACAGGUGAAAAGUUCAAAAGCUCUUUAUGACUUCUAUCAAGGCUCUUAUCAUGACACUGUCAAAAGUAGCCGUUUUGAUGGAAAUUUCAUUACCAAGCUGUUAAGGGAUCUUCUUCAAAUAAUUCAGCAAAGAAGGAUGGGAAGAAGUCACAUGUCAAGUGACAUGUAA